AAUGAGCUAACCUCAUGGAUCUUCUAUUCUAAGCAAAGAUAAUCCAAAUCAAGCUCCCAAUAGAAAUACAUCCAAUGUUUUUACAGAUUUAUUGUUCUCAACAUUUUAUACUGUCAUUGGAUAUGUUUGUCUAGAUGUGGUAUUUGGUAUCAGUUUACAUUACAUUGCACAACACAAUGAUCCUAAUUCUGUAGCUGGAUUAGGAUUUGCUUAUACAAUAGUAAAUGUAUUGUUAAUUCCAAUGGCUUUUGGUAAUACUUCAUUAAAUAUGAAAUAGGAACUAAUUAAUCAUUGAAUGUACAUUCUGCUCAAGCCUUAGGAGCAAAAAAAACUAAAUUAGCUUAAACAUAUUUUACAUUAACUAUACUCAUACAUUUACUAUAUUUUAUUCCAUUCUCAGGUAUGUCCUAAUCAAUUUUUUCAUAGUUAUUCUAAUCUUGAUUAAACCUAUAAUAGCAUUGACAAUUAAUGAAAGAGAUAGAGAAGCAACUUCUGAUGCCUCUUAGCUUUAUCUAUAUUAUUUGCUUCCUUCAACUCUCUUUGCUAUCCUAUAUGAAUGUAUCAAAAGUUUCUUGAUCUCAAAUAAAGUAUAUGAUUUUGUUUUAAAUUAGAUCUUUGCUGUUUUUAUGUACAUACAACUAUUCACAGCCCUCAUACAUAUUUUAUGGUGUGAAUUGUUUAUUGAAUAUCUAAAUAUUGGUGGAGGAGUACCAGGAGCAGGUUUAGCUAUUAUAUGUACAGAAGCUCUUAAUUUAAUACUUUGUAUCUUAGUAAUCAUUUGUACUAAAUAUCGAAAAAAAGUAUUUUCAAAUUACAGAUUUAAAUUUUCAUUAAAGAGAUAGAAGAAUAUAUUUAAAAGCUUUUUAAAAGAAUCAUUUCCUAUAAUUGCACAUAUAUAUGCUGAUUUUUUUGUAUUCUUUCUUCUAAGUUUUAUUGCUGUUGGAUUUGGAUCUGAUGAAUUAUAUGCAUAAAUGGCUUUAUCGAAUACUUCAACAUUUUAUUAUAGAUUUCCUAUGUCAUUAUCUUUAGCUUUGAUGACUUUUGUAGGUAAUGAAAUGGGUUCUUAAAAUCUAAAAAGAGCAAAGAGUUAUUCAUUGGUUGGUGUAAUUUUAUUUGUUGGAUUCACUACUAUAUUUAUGGUUACUCUAUCAUUUAUUAAAGAUUAAUGGGUUAAUUUUUAUUCAGCUGGAAGAUAAGAAAUCAAUGAUAUAUUAUUAGAAGUAUACCCUAUUUUUGUAUUUGGCUUUUUUGUUAUUGAUGGUUUGCAAGGAACUUUGACUGGAAUUCUUAAAGGAAUUGAUAGAAAAGAUUUUGUGACAUAUUCUACUCUUUUAGUAUACUAUUUAAUAGGAAUACCAUUAUUUUUAUAUUUUGCUUGUGAUUUUGGUUUAGGUUUAAAAGUUUAUGGCAUAUGGCUAUCUUUUAGUUUAGUUAAUGCACUUUUGGCUGUUUUAUACAUCAUUUUAACUUUUACAACUAAUUGGUAUGAGAUGAGUUAAAAAGUUUGUCAAAGAAUUGAAAGUUAACAUGCAAUGCAAAAUCUAAAUGAUUCGUUAAAUAAGGUUUUGGUAGAUGAUAAUAAAAAGGAAAAGAAGAAGAAAAAAAAGAUCAAAUCGAUAAAAGUAUAGUUAUUAUUUAUAUAUUUUUAGUAAUAAGAUAAUUAAUAUGAAUAAGAUUAAACCUAAUCUAAUUAUUAAAAAUUAAUAUCAAAUCAAGUUAGAUUAAGAGGGUCAAAUAAUGAAGGAUUGCAAUAUAGUCUAUAAGAGACUGAACCAAUUAAACGAUAAAAAAUUGUGAUUGUUGAUUAAUUGACAAAUUUUUCUUGA